CCCUCCCCUUUCCUUCUCUUUCCCUAUCUUUGGCGUGAGGAUAUUAUUAAUACCCACAUCUCCUUUCUCUUCUCUUUAGUUUCUUCAUCAUCAAAGAACUCUAACCCAAUCCCCUCCAUGACCCUUCUCUUCCUCUCUCUUUUUCCUUGUUCAUCUACACCUCUCUCUUCCUUUUUGCAUUGAAAAUGAUCAUGCCUUAUGACUAUUCACGUUUCAUGAUGAAGGUCUUUUGUAGGAAGAGUGUUCAUCAUCACUUUGUUUUAGGUUUGUCGUCGUCGGGUGCUAAUGUUUCUCCUCCUCCUCCUCCUUCUUCCAAAUGUGGGUUAGGGUUGAUAGCCAAUGAUACACCUAGGGUUCCGAAUGUCAUUGAGUCGUCGUCAGUCGUUAGGCCUGCGAGUGCACCAACGAAGAAGAAAGACCCUGGUGGGAUAGGGUUUAUAGAUGACAUCGGCGGGGGUGUUGAUGGUCUCAUGUCGUGUACGGAGAGUUUGGGGUUUGAGAGUUGUGAUGAAAGAAGGGUCGAUGAUGAUGAUGAUGAUGAUAAUGGUGGUGAUAAGAAGAAGAAUUGUGAUCAACGUGUGGAGGUUUGUGAAGGGAAGAGAUCAGUGAUGAUGACGAGGGACGCAUGGAGGAGGAGAAGGAAGAGUGAGGAGAAGAGGGAGAGGAAGAAUAAGAAGUUUCCACCGCCACUUUCUUCUUUGAACCAAAAUGGUCAGCCUUGUUUUUAUCUGAAGCCUGUGAGGACAAAUGGGAGGUUGGAGUUAACCGAGGUUAGGAUAGAAAGGCCUGAGAUUUUACGUGCUGUCAGGCAAAAUGGUCGCUUGAGAUUGCACCUUGUUAGCAGUGAUGUUUGUUCUAGAAUCAACGAAGUAGAAGAAGAAGAGACAGAGCAAGAAGAACAAGAACAAGAAUUGCAUUUGCAGGAAGAAGAAGAAGAAGAAGUAAAGUUACAAGAAGAAGAGGAAGAAGAAGAGAGGAAAGUUGAAGAAUUAUGGAAGUAUAGAGUGAACGGGGAAGGUUUCAGGAGAUGUCAUGAGCCGGUUAUGACCCAUCAUCACCAUCAUGACUAUCACCAUCAUCCUCCUAAUAUCAAUGACCAUCAUCAUAGCUUGCAUGUGUGGAGGCAGCCAUGUGUGACAACAAGGUGAACGAAAGAACUUUUUCAAUUUCACUCGGGGGAUGUGAAAAAGAAGAGACAGGUUAUGUUUCUGUGUGCUUCGUUUUGGGGAAUAUCAAUGUUUCCGUAAUUUGUUGGAUUAACUAAGUUGAGCAGAGAGUGCAGAGGUAAAGGAUGAUGUGUCUCAAGGAAAUUUGAAGGUGAAAGAUGGGCAAUCUCCAGGCGUCAGCAGAUAGAAGAAAAA